AUGCUUUCACUCGAUCAGGUUCCUGACGAGAUUCUUCUCCAAAUACUCUACUACAUCUCACCUGAAGACAACCUGCUUUCUUUUCAUCCGCUAUCAAGACGCUUACAUCAUCUUGCCAACGAACCCAUCCUGUGGCGGUACUACUGCUUACAGUCCUUCAAGUUCUGGCACCCUGAUCAUAGAUUCGGCGAACAAUUACAGAAGCCCGUGUCAGAAGUCCUCUGGAAACGCCUUUUCCUUUCUAGGAAGCGACGGAACACGAAGGUUUCCAACCUGUUCAGCGGCAUAUUGGCUACCAAGCAUGGCCGUGUUAAGAAGUUUGAAGAAAUAUGCUUGCUUGGGCUUGAUGCCAAAGACUUUUUGUUGACCCAAGCUCAAACCUCCGAGACGGUGGAUGACGUACUAUCUAGGAGGUAUUUCAGCAACGCGAUUCUCGCCAGCAUUCGGCGGGGUAUCGCCAUUCACAUUUGGGACGACCUCCGUAGUUCGGAAGCAGAGGAAGCACGAAGAUCAAACCAGGCCCUGAAAAUUACACCGCGUAGAUUAGAGCGCGCUCUAGCCGCCUUUGAUAUGUUCGUUAUCCAAGAUGACGUUGGUGACAUAGACGACGUUUCAAAUACGCUUGACGGGUUAGCAGCUGGCUUCAUCAACGAUAAUCCAGGUUUUGACAGCUUGUCCAUCCGAGAUAAGGCCCUUGCUUUAAACAGAUGGCUCAGGUCCAAAAACCUGACCGGUAUGAGCAACCCAGAAACCAACUAUCGUAAUCUCAGGAACUGUCUUAUCGGAUAUGCAUUGCGCGAUGAAACUCACCAAUCGCUGCCCAUGGUAUCUGCCGCAAUAUUCUGUUGCAUUGGAGAAAGAAUUGGGCUGAACGCCCACUGCUGCGCUCUGCCAGGGCAUGUGCUCGUCAUGGUCUUUGCAACCGAAACUAUAAAGCUUGAUGGAUCUAUGGUAACUGAUGCCCACAAACCCAUUGAGAGGAUGUAUUUGGACCCGUACGGAGGCGACGAAGAAUUCAGCAAAGAAACUCUUCGUCAUUUCAUAUCCCAAGUAGGAUGGCGCAGCUUAGAUGUUGAAACGAUGGCACCAGCAGCAGUCUCAACCAUGAUUGGGCGGCUCGCACACAAUAUUCGUCAUACAAACCUCAUCUUGAAUUCUCAAGAUGUUUCGAUCGAGAGACUGGCCGGAUUAAGAACCGGAACGGCUCUUCAGAAUAUGGAGUUGUCAGUUUAUGCUGCAGCUUGGGCAACUACACUGCUCGAUCCAGGAGCGUUUGUUGACGUUACAUCGCAUUUCGCACUUCGAUUCAAUUCACUCCGAUUCGAUGACGCUUGGUUGGUGGAAAAGAUAUACAUCACGCGCCCCCAACCACACGGAGAUGUAUUUCUGGCGGCCCCAAAUCCCGAAUACAUACUCCGGCUCAUACGGCGGGCAGACGAGCAACAACCUGUUCUUCGAGAAGCGCAAAAUGGCAUGGAAUACAAGAUUGGAGACGUCGUCCGACAUGGCAGGUACGGAUUUGUUGCAGUGGUUAUUGACGGAGAAGUGCCAGCUUCGGGGUCCAUCCUCUAUUACAGGCUAUUGACGCCUCCAAACAUGCAGGGAACAUUUUCACUUGUAAAAGCCUCAAGCCUUGAGUUGAUUCGAGAUCCUCACGAAGCAUCAGCGGCAAUCUUUUCAGAUACUGGUCUUUUUUUUAAGCGGUUUGAUCGAGAAACCUGCAGAUUCAUCCCGUCAAACGAAGAGAUGGUGUACACACCUCUUUAA